GUCCUCUUGGGUUCCGAUUUCUUCCUUAAAAAAUCUCUAUUACAACUGUAAUUUAUGUUCAUACAUAUUUUUUCAACCUAUUUAAGCACCCAGAGUUAUCCCGAACACUGGGGAUUGAAUCCUUGGCCUCCCACUUGAAGAAUCACCUUGAUGCCAUUGAACCACAAGAUCUUUGGCUAAAAAAAAGGUGGAAUUUGAUUUAGAGAGUGCAGAUUGAAGUUCCUCUAUAUCCACAUUGUCGAUAAAAUGCAUUCGAUGGGAGAAGAAACAAAAGAAGCUGGUUUCUCACAUGAAAAAGGGAAGCUUGUGUUGAAUGCAGGUUCUGCAAAUGGUGCGGACUUAGAUGCUCGUGAGGGGGCAACAGAAUCAGGUGAUGAAUGUGAUGAGGGGUCUAGCGGUAAAAGUGGAGAGGAUUUAUCAGAAGAGGACGUUACACCUUUUAGCUUCCUAGUGGAUGAUGCUAACUAUGAAUCACUUGCCGAGAAAAAGAGAAAAGCUGAUGUGUGUCACCAAGACAAUGGGUCUGUGAAGAAACAAUGGAAGGAGGCAGAGUUUUUAGGCGCUAGCUUCGACGAAAUCAUGGAAGCUAUGAAUUAUGGGAGUAGGAGGAAAUCGAGGAGGAAGAAGAGGAGAGGAAAGCGUAAAGGUUCUAGAUGCAACGUGGACCCCGAGACCAAGAAGUUGUUAGGCGAGGGUACACUGAGCUAUGCAACAGGGGAUUACGAAAGGGCUUUAAAAUUGUUGAUUGAAUGUAUCAGGCGCAACCCAACACACGAUGCUUAUCAUACGCUUGGCCUCGUUUACAACGCAAUGGGUGAUAAGAAAAGGGCUAUUUGUAGUUACAUGCUUGCCACACAAAGUGUAAAUAGACCAAAAGACACAUCUCUCUGGAAGUCACUUCUUUCUUGGUUUUUAGAUCAAGGGAACACUGCUGCUGUCAAUUACUACCUUCCCAAGGCCAUUGCUGCUGACCCCGAUGAUGUAAUGCUUAAAUUCCUCGGCGCAUCACAUUAUACUGAACUUAAAGAGUAUGAGAAAGCCGCCAAGUUAUAUGAACAAAUACAUCACCUUAGUCCCGACCAUUCUGAGGUCUGCAUUGCAGCAGCAGAGUUGUAUAAGCAGUGUGGUAAGGUUGAAUGUUCACUGGUUGCUCUGGAGAGUUAUCUCGGCCACUACCCGACUGGCGGCGAUCCAAGAAUCAUUUUGAUGCUAGCUAGCAUAUGCAUUGAGAAUGGUGAGUAUUCUCGAGCUCUUCAACAUAUAAAAAGGUAUUGUUCGGGAAGAGAACCUUUGUUUGAUCUGAUAACAGCUAAGGCGGGAAUCUGCUACCUUUAUCUUGGAGAUUUGGGUAACGCAAAUGUUAUUUUUGGGACACUCUGCAUUGAGAAAGCGAAUGACUUUGCUGAGUCAAUUAUUGAAAUUGCAGACACGUUUAAGAAGCUUGAGCAUCAUCAAUCAGCAUUGCAUUACUACUUGAUGUUGGAAAGGGAUUUGGGAUCAACCAGUGGGGAUCUAAAUUUGAAAAUAGCUGGAUGUUACUUAUCUUUGGGAAAUUGGGAUGAAGCUAUUUCAUUUUUCUACAAAGCUCUAUCGUUGCUGGAACACAGUGUUGAGACUCGGCUGACCUUAGCUUCCAUGCUUCUUGACAGAGGGAGAGAUGACGAAGCAAUAACCCUUCUUUCCCCUCCGAACCCAGAGUUUGGGUUGAAAACCUCAGGUGAAGAAUGGUGGAAUGAUGUGAAAGUGCAACUCAAGCUUGCCAACAUCUAUCACGCUAAAGAUAUGAUUCGAGAAUUCGUUGAUGUGUUCUAUCCCUUAGCUUACAGAUCUCUAACCUGCGAAGCUCCAAAAACGGGUUCUAAGAAUAAAAAGCUCCCGAAGAGAGUGCUUCUAGAAAGAGUCAAAGUCUUAGAUAAUGACCAACCCGACAAUCUAAUCCAAGGAUUUAAACCCGUGGCUAAUGUAGAAGAUAGAAGAAAGGCUUCCCGGGCAAAGAGGGUCCUUCAGAAGAGAUCUCUAUUGAAAGAAGAGAUGAAAACAAAAUCCUUAGCCGCUGGUAUGGAUUGGAAGAGUGAAGAUUCAGAUUCGGAUGAUGAAUCUCGGGUUUCACUGCACAAGAAGAAACCCCGGACGCCCGAACUCCUAAAAGAUGUGGAGAAUCAUCAGCUCUUCGUGGACUUGUCCAAAGGUCUGGCAUCCCUAGGAAGAUACGAAGAGGCAUUUGAUGUUUGCAAAUUGACACUCGCGUUUGCUUCCGACAUAUUAUCUGAAGAAAGGAGGGAUAGCCUAACAAUCAUAGGUGCACAAUUGGCUUGCAAAAUCGAAGACCCGAAGCGCGGUUGUAGGUUUCUGAGGCCUUUCCUUCGCCUUCACCCUUCUAAAAUGGCAGCUUGGAGUUACUACUAUAAAGCACUAUUAAAAGUAGACGCCACAAUGUCCACAAACAACAGAUUUCUACAAAACAUUCGUGAAGAACAGAAAGGUUGUGUCCCACCCAUCAUCAUUGCAGGGCACCAGUUCGGCGAGAUCUGUCAGUACCAAGUGGCAGCCAGGGAGUAUCUGGAGGCCUACAAAGUUCAGCCCAACUGCCCCCUGAUCAAUCUUUGCAUAGGGACAGCACUGAUAAACUUGGCAUUUGACAUCAGGCUUAAGAGUAAGCACAAAUGCAUCCUGCAAGGUUUGGCCUUCUUGCACAACAACUUGAGGCUCUCAGGGAAGAACGAAAGCUGCCAAGAAGCACUGUACAACGUAGCGCGGGCAUACCAACAAGUGGGACUCGUCUCUCUUGCUGCUUCGUAUUACGAAAAGGUGCUAACGACUCCCGAGAAGGACUGCCCGAUUCCAAGCUUCCCGUAUGACGAGAUUCGGGGGGCCCACGGAACCCAAACGCCGGCUGGUUAUUGCAACCUUCGCAGGGAAGCAGCUUACAACCUUCACCUGAUUUACAAGGCAAGUGGAGCAUUUGACCUUGCUAGGCAACUUUUGCAAGAUUAUUGCACUGUGGUUCAUCGUCUUCCAGCGUCUCUCCCAUCCUCGUCUCUGCCCUCGUCGCCGAUUGUGUCAUCCUCGUCUGGCCUCCUCGUCUCUUCCGUCGAUGCAAGCUGUCCUCCUCCUCUACGCCACCGAUUGUGUCCUCCUCGUCUGGACUCAUCGUCUCUGCCGUCGGUGAAAGCUGUCCUCAUCCGUAUCUGCCGGUGGUCAGGUUUCUGUACAAUGGCGUUGCAAAUGGUAAAUGCAGACCACUUCCAAGCACAGUAUACAUGCUAUUCCGAGCUUCAAAAAUCAGUUGACAUCAUCAAAAAGAAACUCACACCUUCAGACCUGGAUCGGUUCAAGAAGGAUUCCCCUUUCGGCCACCUUCUUGAGUCCCCACCAUUGCAAUUUUCGGGCCAACUCAUCCAUCUGUUGCUUGUGCACCUCACAAGAGAACAGGUAGAUGAUGAACUACGUUUUAACAUAGGUGGUUCGAUUUUAAAAUUUGAUUUCGGGGAAUGGUGUCGCAUUAUUGGAAUGCCCUCUACCAAGCUUUAUGGAGAGGAUGGUGGCGAUGAGGAUGAGGAUUCUGCCUCGGGGAGAAUUCGGAGAAAAUUUUUGGGCAAUGAAAAGGGGAAAACAACAUUUGCGCAUGUGCGCAAAUGUUUUCAUGCUCUUGAUGAAGAAAAUGGGGGUGAUGACGUCCUUCAAUUUGCUAAGCUGUUUUUUGCGGAGUCCGUGUUACUAGCUAGAGACAAGGGGACCGGUGUUGAAAUGUCUCACCUUCACCUCUUAGGUAGCGUUGACAAGUUCAACGCUUAUCCUUGGGGGUGGGAGUCAUAUCUUCUCACGGUACGCCAUCUGAAGGCAGCUAUGGAGGGGCAACCGGCUCGUUUCUUGUCAAAGCUAGCUGAAAACGCCAAUAUGAAGACAUGCAAAUUCUCUUUCUAUGGUUUUCCCUAUGUGUUGCAAGUGUGGGCUUAUGAGCAAUUCCCACAACUUAAAGGAGUUUUUGCAGACUUUCAUGAAGAAAUAAUUGGUUGUCCAUUUCUGAAAUGGGGGUCAAAAAAGUUCCCUCAAUACAACCAACUAAAAGAGCUAAAUCUUGGCAAGGAUGAGGGAGACAUAUCUAAGAAACUGGAGUAUGCGAUACAUCAUCUUGUUUCAGAGGUGGUGCAUAUGCGAAAGGUUAUGGAUGCAAAGUUUGGAGACCUUAACGUUAAGAUACAAACGCUUUCUAAGAAAGUAGAUGUGUUGUUAAAGAAGAAAAAGAAGAGGACACACAACACCACACAAGCAACUGUGGAGGCGGAGGAGGACGAGGAGGUGGUUGGAGAUGCCGAUCGUGAGCGGGUUGAGGAAGACAUUGAAGAAGAUGAGGUGGUGGGGGAUUUGGAGGAUGAGAAUGAGGGGGUGGAUGAAGAUAGUGGACAUGAAGAGUGUAAGGAAGAGGUCGGGCUGGAAGUGGAAGAGGAUGAAGAGAGCAUUAGACAACGAAACAAUCGAAAGCGGUCGAGGGUCGUAAAUGAUGGAGAACCGUUUGAGGAAAAGGAAACCGAACUUCCAAUGCCAUCACCACCCGGAAUUGAGAAUCCACAAAAAGAUUUGGAGGAAGCCACGGCGGAGGUGCAAGGGCUUUAUGAGGACAACCUUAUUGAUACCCAAGAGUAUGCCAGACAAGUGUUAUCCCCUGGUCCAGUAGAGUUUGUUUAUGAGCAAGCUGAAGACGUUGAACCUCCAACGAAAACCAUUGCUGUUACGAAGCCUUUGGCCCGGGAAACUAGGCUACGGAAGAAAUCUCGGUACUGUCUAAGCCCGUACAUCAAUCCAACAAUGGCUAUGAAGGUCAAAGUACACUGCAAUCCUCUAGCCAUUCAAGUCACCCCUAGGGAAUGGGAACAAUUCAAAUGUUGGGUUGAAGAAGAAGAUGAGAAAAAUCCAAAAAAAGUCAGCCUGCAGUGUCACUAUGUUCACGAGGUUGACCGUCAUUUCUUCAGGACUUUGUUGGGCUAUGAUUCGUGGUUAAGCAGUGAUCAUGUUCAAACCAUUGUUGAGUUAUUGAUGGAUGGGGUUGAUCUCAUUGGAGUGCAAGGCCGAUGUUUAUAUGGUCCAAUGUUCACGUAUCAUCUCACCCAGAAAAGUUCUUCGGACCAUGCUUGACUACGGGAUAAGAUGCUACGGAAGUUGGAUUGGACCCAAAUGGAAAAGGUCUUUAUGACUAUCCAUGCUAGAAACUGGCAUUGGGUUUUAACAGAGCUUGAUUUCCCCAAUGCCACUAUUUGGGUAUAUGAUUCCUUGAAAAGUGCACAGAGCAAAUCCUAUGUGCGUCCAAUCCUUGAAAGGCUACCUCCCCUUUUUCGAACUGUCAAAACUACCGAGCAACAGAGACGUACCCAGGCAUGGGCAGUGGAGCUCCCCAAGGAUGUACCCCAGCAGUCUGAUGGAAAUGCGUGUGGUGUUAUGAUACUUGCAUUUG